UAGUAAAUAAUACAUAAAUGUAAUGUAAAGUUUUCAUAAAUUUAUUGCAAAUAAAUCAAAAAUAAUUUUGAUACCACAACUGAAAUUACUGAUGACGCGUUAGAAACGUGGAACGUUGAAACUGUCAAGUAACGAUUGCAAUAUCAAUCGAUGUAGAUAAGAUCCAUUGAUCUGACAGUGUUAAAAAACGCAAGUCACGAUUAUUAAAUCAGUAAUGAUAUGAAAUGAGUAAUAGAAUGUAAGAAGUGACAUAAAUUUAUAUCAAUUAAGUGUGUUACUGCUGCCAUGGCUACAUAAAUGUAAAAAAUGUGAUAGUAGAGAUUCUAAUACUUGUUUCACAUGUGUAUUUCUAGUGUUUUACGUGACGUUUUUCUAAUAAUUUAAAUUGAUAAUAGAUAUUAAAAUCUACAAAAAUUUACUAUAUAAUUUUGUUUUCACAAUUUGCAAAAUGUUAGCAAAAGUGCCGCCGGAUGGGGGUUGGGGAUGGAUCAUUGUUCUAUCUGGUGCAUUAAAUGGCUUAUCAACUAUUCCAAUUAUACAAAGUUUUGGAUUGAUAUUUAAUAAAGAUUAUUUGGCCGAACUUAAUAUAACUGAGGCAAACAGGACCGUUUUAAUCAAUAUAAAUUUAGCGUUUGGUAUGAUACUCGGCUUGAUCAAUGGUCCUCUUUUAAAAUCCUUUGGCUAUAGAAAAGUGGCGACAGUUGGAACCCUAAUAUUUUCACUUGGGAUAAUUCUGACAGCAUUCGCCAAGAGUUUUACUCAUUUCGUUAUUAGUUACGGACUGCUAACCUCUGUUGGCUUGAGCAUGGCGAUGGCUGGAUUUUCUCUGGCAAUCAAUUCUUAUUUCUCUAUAAGACGAGAACGUGCCGUGGGCUUAUCAAUAACUGUCACAGGACUAGGCCCAAUUUUUGUGCCUCAAUUAAUUACCAUUUUACUUAAAGUCUACGAUAUUCAGGGGACAGUUCUGUUAUUGGGCGCUUACAGUCUUCAUUCAGUGAUUGCUGUUAUGCUUCUGCAGCCAAUUAAAUGGCAUAUGAAAAGCGCGCCUCUCUGCUUAGAAACAAUCAGUGAAAAUCCCAACAUUGCAAUUAAUAGCGAAGGAGAUUAUAACUCGGAAGACGAUACUGAUAUACACAAUUCAAAACUAGUAGUAAACAAUUAUCAAAGAAAGAGAAAAUUAACAUUAUCGAGCAUUGAUUAUAAUGUCGACGCUGGAAGCAUUUGCGGGUUCGACACUUUACCUCGACAGAUGUCAAUUGACAAAACAAUAUCGUACCAAUCAACAUAUACCGAGAUGUCAGCAAAAAACACAUCAAUGACAAAUUUGCACAAUAAUCGCAAAUAUUCGAAAUAUUCAUGGCGGAAUGCAGCAAAAAGUACGGAAAGUGUCAAUCUCGGUAGCAGUAUGAAAAUUUUUGACGAAUCUGUGCCAAUAGCGAGGAAACUGGAUCUUAUCGAAAAUGGUGUAAGUAAAAGUAAUGAUGUAAAUCAAAGCAUCAUUGAAGUGAAUUCAGCGUUGAAAGAAGUAGAAAAAGAGACAGAUGACAGUUCCGUAGGAGAAAAUUCUGAUAAGAACGAUGAGAAAAACAAAUCGAUCAUCCGGCAAAUUUUGCGACGAGUGAUCGACCUAUUCGAUUUUGAAAUCUUGCGCGAUCCGAUCUACUUGAACAUCAUGCUUGGGAUGUCGAUAGCGAUUUUCGCGGAGGUGAACUUCUCGAUGUUAACGCCAAGCUUUCUCGACGAAAUGAAAAUGGAGAAGAGAGAGAUUGCUAACACCAUGAGCAUCAUCGCGAUGGUUGAUCUCAUUAGCAGAGGCGCGGCUCCUUACCUGGCGGAGUGGCUACGUCAGCCACCCCGAGUGAUGUACAUGCUUAGUCUCGUUCUUCUGCUGAUUAGCAGAUUGAUGCUACUCUUUGUAAAUAGCUUCGUCACUUUGAUGGCCGUCGCAAUCGGUCUGGGACUAGCUAAAGGAAUCCGAUCGGUGUACAUGCUCUUAAUAGUACCAACCUACGUUCCUCUCCAGAAGUUACCCAAUGCUUCGAGCAUCCAGAUGGUGUCCAACGGCAUAUUUCUUAUGUGCGGUGGUCCUAUACUUGGUGCAAUACGAGAGAAAUGUGGAAAUUAUACAGUUGUGAUUAUUCUGAUUAAUAUUAUGACUGCUAUUACGGUAAUUAUAUGGACGGUAGAAAUGAUAGUUACAAAGAGGUCUGCACGCCAAAGAUUGAAUUCGCCCGAAAAAUCUUAAUAUAACAAAAUUAAAUAAUUAUAUUUUUGUAAAUAAGAACUAAAAUUAAGAGUUGCAGUUUUUCAAAAUAAACGUUUUGUGUGGGAACUUAUAUGUAUAUAAUUAAGAGUUUGUAUACUCAGUUUUAGUUAUUAAUAAAAUUAUUUAAAAAUUAUUUUUAACAAAAGAUUUUAAACGAGAAGACCUUGGUUCUUAAAAAAUCAUUCGAACUAUCACCGUUUAUUUUGAAAAUUGACUUGAUGAAUUGACAGAUGCAAUUAAAAAUCUUAGCUAUGCUAUGAAUCAAUUUUUUUUCUAACGGUACGCAUUGUAAAUGUUUAAUCUUGUAAGAAUACGAUUAGCAAAUAUUGUAGCUUAUCUAAAUAUAUUUUAAACGUAAAACAAAGAUCCAGCACUUUCUAAUUUCACACAGCAUGAAAAUUUUACAUGCUUCCUGAAUGGUAUAUUAGACUUUUCCAUCAUCACACAAUUGCAAUUAAGGUCGUGUCCUUGUUCGAUACCAUUUAACAUAAAAAUGAAUCUAAUUACGGCGCUAGUCUUCGCGACGACUAGAAUCUUUAAGACAAACAACCGCGGUACACCGCAUAGACAAUAGAACAUCUUUUCCCAUCAUUUCUUCCGGCGAGGGUUCUCACGUCUCUCACUGCGACAACGUGUGAUCUUCCUGAAGAGACCUAAAAAGGAAGUUCGAAGGUCAAUGAAAUGUGGAUAAUGUUGUAUCAAGCCAAUCUAUGCAGCGCUAUUAAGUUUAUCUUUCUCGCACCAAGUUUUUGCUCAUUAAAUGUAAUAUCUUCUUUAUGAUCUUAAAGAGAUAUGAUCUAUGCACAAUAUCACUUAAUU